AUGGGGUAUUACAUCUUCCAGCUCCGCAUGCUCUCCGCCUCGCCCAGCGACGCCAAAUUCGAGACGCCGUUGAGAUACCAGUGCAACAUUACGGGCAGGCUCAGCUACGGCCAGGUUUCCGAUCUGUCCGGCGUUGCUGCCCAGGAUCUCUUCCUGUGGCUGCCCGUGAAGAGCAUUCGUGUCGAUAUUCCCAGCUCCGGCCUCAUUUACUUCGACGUUGGUAUGGUGUUCAAGCAGUUCUCUCUGUCCUUCUUCAAGACGCCCAAGGAAUGUAAUGCUCUGAGCGGGGAUUUCGCGGUUCUCACAAUGGCGGUGCUGCAACUCGUGCUGUUGAGAAUCCAUGGAGCCUCCUAAUCUUGAGACAGAACAACUCAAAGACGAGGGACAAAGAGCUGUUGCUUGAAUUAAGAGGGAAAUGAUGAGUUGUUACUACUAUGCUUUGUGGUAUUGAUGGCUUCUGCUUCCUUCUUCUAAUUGCAGGCCUACAUAUUACAGGUUUGUUCGUUGUCGCUGAAACUCUUGACAAUGCAGGGCCAUGUUCCAUUUUAAUGAGGGAUGAUGUUAUCUUGUUUUCUCAUCAAAGGCGCAGGAUACAUUGGUGAAGAUGGUAUGAGUUGUAAAGUUGUUGCGAAUUGUUGUUCCAUCGCCCGCUUCUUCUGUGUCGAUGUAGGUAUGGUGUUCCUUAUAGUUUCUUGAAUUUUUUGUAUUGAAAUUGUUGAUCUUGUAUAUCGAAGUUGGUGAGGAUUCAUCUAAACAGCAUUCUUUUUGUCAAUGUAUAUGGGGUUUGUAUU